AUGGCUGACGUGAAAAGUGCCUGCCUGGAAUCUUUGAAAGUCGUGCCACUUGGUAGAGGACCAAAUGAGGUACAAAAUGGCAAGGACAUCUACAAAUACUUGUUUGGACACCAUCCAGAUCUUCGCAAGUACUUCAAAGGUGCUGAAAAUUUCACUCCAGAUGAUGUCCAGAAAAGUGAAAGGUUCGAGAAACAAGGUACUGCUCUGCUAAUGUCUGUUCACAUCUUUGCAAACGUUUAUGACAAUGAGAUGGUGUUCCGCGCAUUCUGCCGUGACUUGAUUGACAGACAUGUUGGCAGAGGACUCGAUCCCUCCUUGUGGAAG